UACCACGUCAACGACACCGAGCUCAUAUCUCGCUUCGCCGGCUUGAUCAGGUCCUUCAAACCCAAGCCGCUCGUAAUCUUCAGCGGCGAUGUCUUCUCACCUUCCUUGGAGGCGUCCGUCCUAAAGGGAGAGCACAUGGUUCCAUUCUUGAACCACCUCAACGUCGAUGUAGCCUGUUACGGGAACCAUGACUUUGAUUUUGGGGAAACGCGACUCGUAGAACUGUCACGCAAAGUGCACUUUCCCUGGGUCCUAUCCAACGCAACUAGACUGACUGAGGACGGCGAUGUCCCGAGCGAGCCUCUUGCCUGUGGUGAGCGGUAUACCAUCAGGACAGUGCAGGGGUACAAGGUCGGAUUUAUUGGCUUGGCUGGGACGUAA